AAUCAAACCCAUUAUCAUCGAUCCGAGUUAAGUUCCAUGAUGAACAUGUUUCACAUUCUUUUCCUCUUCACUCUUCUCUCAUCCACUUCCUAUGCUUCUGUCAACGAUUUCUGCAUAGCAGACCUAAAAGGUCCAAAUAGCCCUUCAGGCUAUCAGUGCAAGCCACCCAACACAGUGACAGUGGAUGACUUUGUGUUCUCUGGCUUUGUAGCUGGAAACAUCACAAACCCUUUCAAUAUUGCAUUAACCCCAGCAUUUGUGACCGAAUUUCCAGGAGUAAAUGGCCUUGGAAUUUCUGCAGCACGGUUAGACAUGGGCGUAGGAGGAUCUGUUCCAAUGCACUCGCAUCCUGGUGCCACUGAACUACUCAUAAUGGCCAAGGGUAAAAUCACUGCUGGUUUUAUAACACCCUCUGGGCCAUAUGUGAAGAAACUGAAACCAGGAGAUGUUAUGGUUUUCCCACAAGGACUCAUGCAUUUUCAAGUGAAUUCUGGUAAGGGAAAAGCCAGUGCUGUUUUGGCUUUUAGCAGCGAAAACCCUAGCGCGCAACUGCUUGAUCUUCUCUUGUUUGGCAAUAGUUUGCCUUCUGAGUUGGUUGCACAAACUACCUUACUUGAUGUUGCGCAAGUGAAGAAGCUCAAGCCUCUUUUUGGUGGCAGAGGCUAGAACUGCUCAUGAAUGCAUUCCUAAUUAAUGUUUGUUGCAAUCAUCCUAGUUAACAAUAGUGUUGUGUACCGUGUGUGUUUCGGUGUUUGAAGAUUUCGUAGGGGACAAAGUUGAUUUGUUCAACUAAAAACAAAUUAAAAACACCUUCGACGGGGUAUUUGUUUUCUUCUAUAUAUUGUAACUUUGGAUUUAAUAGUACCAAUGUUUUUCGAGAUUGAUGCUCAUGAUUAAAUGUACCGAGAGACAAGUUCAAAACGGUAGUUUUAAUUUUUAAAUAAAA